CUACUUCAGCGACGUGGCUCUUCUGUCAUUUCAUUAUUCCGGAGACUUGUAUACUUUAUAUUUGGUGACCGUUCACCGGUUAAUGUCUCGCAAAAAUGCUAACUAAAUUUGAAACGAAAUCGGCCAGAGUUAAAGGCCUUUCCUUCCAUCCCAAGCGACCAUGGAUUCUAACGAGCUUGCAUAGUGGAGUAAUUCAACUAUGGGAUUAUCGUAUGUGUGCAUUGCUGGAUAAAUUUGAUGAGCACGAUGGACCUGUACGUGGAAUCUGUUUCCAUAGUCAGCAGCCCCUUUUUGUUUCUGGUGGCGAUGAUUACAAAAUCAAGGUCUGGAACUACAAGCUGCGUCGCUGUCAAUUCACAUUGUCUGGCCACAUGGACUACAUUCGUACCACAGUCUUCCAUCACGAGUACCCAUGGAUUUUGAGCGCCUCUGAUGAUCAAACUAUUAGAAUCUGGAACUGGCAAAGCAGAGCUUGUGUAUCUGUUUUGACUGGCCACAACCACUAUGUCAUGUGUGCCCAGUUUCACCCCACAGAAGAUUUGAUUGUUUCUGCAUCCCUGGAUCAAACUGUCAGAGUUUGGGACAUUUCUGGUAUUAACAGUUGUCAACCAUUUUUUGCUGUCAAGAUUACAUCAUUAUUUCUAUUUUUGUUAGGUUUGAGGAAAAAGAAUGUGGCACCUGGACCUGGAGGUCUUGAUGAACACCUCCGUAAUCCUGGAGCCACCGAUUUAUUUGGCCAAGCUGACGCAGUUGUUCGCCAUGUUUUGGAGGGACACGAUCGCGGAGUGAAUUGGGCAGCAUUUCAUCCGACACUUCCGUUGGUCAUCUCGGGUGCUGACGAUCGCCAGAUCAAGUUGUGGCGAAUGAGUGAAUCUAAGGCAUGGGAAGUCGAUACGUGCCGUGGCCAUUACAACAAUGUUUCUUGCGUCUUGUUCCAUCCUAAACAAGAGCUGAUCCUUUCCAACUCGGAAGACAAGAGUAUCCGCGUGUGGGACCUCACGAAGAGGACGUGCCUCAACACUUUCCGUCGUGAACACGACCGUUUCUGGGUUAUGGCUGCCCAUCCGACUUUGGGGCUAUUCGCAGCCGGGCACGAUUCCGGAAUGGUGAUCUUUAAGCUGGAGCGAGAAAGGCCUGCGUACAGCUUGCACGGUAAUCUGCUAUUUUACGUCAAGGAGCGUACUCUUCGUCGAUUGGAUCUCACCACGUCGAAAGAUACCGGUUUGCUGCAGUUGAGGGGCAACGCUCGCACGCCGAUCCACAGCAUCUCGUACAAUCCGGCCGAGCAAUCUGUUCUGGUUGUCACUCGCGCUGCCAAUUUAGACAAUUCCAUCUACGAGCUCUACUCGGUUCCAGUUGAAGCCGAUUGUCCGCAAGAUGGUGGCGAUGGUAAACGUUCAACAGGUGUGACUGCCAUCUGGGUCGCUCGUAAUCGUUUCGCUGUCUUGGAUCGUAACCACACGAUCGUCAUCAAAAACGAAAAGAACGAAGUCAGCAAGAAAAUUCAGACACCUCCAUGUGAUGAAAUCUUUUAUGCUGGUACUGGAUGCGUUUUACUCCGUGAUACGGAAGGCUUGACCUUAUUUGACAUCCAACAGAAACGUAGUGCUGGACAGGUUAAAAUGACUAAAUGUCGCCACGUCGUUUGGUCGGCGGACAUGAGUCACGUUGCAUUACUGGGCAAGCACGUCUUGACCAUCGCCAACCGUCGUCUUGAAGUGCUGUGCACUAUCCAGGAGAACGCCAGACUCAAGUCUGCUACCUGGGAAGAUUCUGGUGUUCUGAUCUACACCACUAGCCACCACAUCAAGUAUUCAUUGAUCAACGGCGAUCACGGCAUCAUCCGCACCCUAGAUCUGCCCGUGUACCUCACCCGUGUCAAGGGCAAGGCUAUCUAUUGUUUGGAUCGCGAUGCUCGCCCCCGCAUGUUCCAGGUGGAUCCCACCGAGUACUGCUUCAAGUUGGCCCUGGUCAACCGAAAGUACGACGAAGUGUUGCACAUGGUUCGACACGCCAAACUUGUCGGCCAAUCGAUCAUCGCUUAUUUGCAGCAAAAAGGCUAUCCUGAGGUUGCCCUUCACUUUGUCAAAGACGAAAAGACUCGACUGGCCCUGGCUCUCCAAUGUGGCAACAUUGAAGCAGCUCUUGAAGCUGCCAAGGCUCUAGACGACAAGUUUUGUUGGGAGAAACUUGGCGAAGCUGCCCUUCUUCAAGGCAACCACCAGGUCGUUGAGAUGUGCUAUCAAAGGACAAAGAAUUUCAACAAGUUGGCCUUUUUGUAUCUGAUUACUGGCAACCUCGACAAGCUUAGAAAGAUGAUGAAGAUUGCUGAAAUUCGCAAGGACACUUCGGGUCAAUACCAAUCGGCUCUUUUGCUAGGGGAUAUGCAAGAGCGUGUCAAGGUGCUUCGUAACUGCGGACAGACGAGCUUGGCUUUCCUUACUGCCGCUACCCAUGGACUUAAUGAAGAGGCCGAACUACUGCAACAACAGCUGGAAGCAGCCGGUCAACCAGUACCUACUGUAAAUCCAUCUGCUGUGUUCUUGCAGCCGCCUCCUCCAAUUGCUCAGGCGGAAUCCAACUGGCCAUUGUUGACCGUUUCCAAGGGAUUUUUCGAUGGAGCCAUGGCAGCUCGUACCAUUGCUUCUGGAUCUGCUGUUGCUACCGAGGAAGAUGCCGGUGAACCUGAUGGAUGGGGAGAUGAUGCUGAUCUUGGUUUGGAUGAUGAAGAUAAACCGGUUGGAUCGGCUGGCAAUGCCGAGAGCGGAGAUGAAGAAGGUGGCUGGGAAGUGGGUGAUGAAGAUUUAGAGUUACCAUCCGAUUUGAGCGUUGCUGCUCACGGAGGUGAAGACGAAGACCGCGGGUAUUACGUGCCACCCACUCGUGGUCAGCCUCCUCUGCAAGGAUGGGCCACUCAUUCGCAAUUGGUCAUUGAUCACGCUUCGGCUGGCUCCUAUGAAUCUGCUUUCCGUCUCCUCCAUGACCAGAUUGGUGUCGUUAAUUUUGCACCGUUCAAGCCAUUGUUUACCGCAGCCUUCGCCAAAUCACGAACUAUGUUUGCUGGAUUGCCUAAUCUACCUUCUCUGGCCGCAUACCCACAGCGGAACUGGAGGGAGGUUGCUGCCUCCUCUAAAGUUCACGGAUUACCUGCACUUGGUGUUCGCUUGGCUGAUUUAGCCCAAAGGCUUCAGAUCUGCUAUCAACUGACGACUGCUGGCAAAUUCAAUGAAGCUGUUGAUCGUUUCCGUCUGCUUUUAUUAAAUGUUCCACUCUUGGUGGUUGACAACAAAGAAGAAGUUCGCAAGGCCCAAGAAUUAAUUGCCAUCUGUCGGGAGUAUAUUGUUGGCCUUAGCAUGGAAGCCGCUCGUAAAGAUUUGCCCAAGGAGAGUUUAGAGGAUCAGAAGCGUAGCUGUGAAAUGGCAGCCUACUUCACCCACUCAGAGCUGCAACCCAUCCAUCAGAUCUUAACUUUGAGAACGGCGCUGAAUCUUAGUUUCAAACUCAAAAACUUCCGCACUGCGGCCUCCUUUGCCCGGCGCCUCCUAGAACUUGGACCUAAACCCGAAGUGGCGCAACAAACUCGCAAAAUCCUUCAGGCAUGCGAUAAAGGUGCAAAUGAUGAAGUCCAGCUCCACUACGAUGAGCACAACCCGUUCAACUUGUGCGCUAAAACUUACACGCCCAUCUAUCGCGGAAAACCAGAAGAAAAGUGCCCUCUUUGUAGUUCAAUUUACCAACCUUCAUUGAAGGGAUCCUUGUGUCAAGUUUGUACCGUUGCUGAAAUUGGAAAGGAUUGCAUCGGAUUGCGGAUUAGUACCGCCCAAUUUCGAUAAACGAAACGUUCGUGUCCCUUGAUAAUUCCAGUAUCGUUUAUUUUAUCAACUGGCCGAACCCCAGUCUUUUGAUCAACAGUUUGUUAUUUUUCUUUCGCUAUUUGCUAUGUUGGUUUGUUAAUUUUGGGGUACUAGAUACAUUGAAGUUAUACAACAAACACCUUUGGAGAACCAGUUCUAAUUCAAGUAUAAACUAUAAAGCUACCUUCUAAACAUAUCCGUGUUGCUUGAUUUAUUUUCUGGAAUUCUCGAUACAAACUGAUCAUAAUAUAAAACUGUUUAAUUGAGA